CAUACAUAUCUCUACCAUUGGGAAUAGAGAGAUCGGCGCAGCAGCGUUUCUUUCUUUUCGGAAUAGGCGCAGUCCACGAGAACUCGCAAAGGAGUAAAAGGCUCCUACGUAACCUGUCACUACAAGGUAGAAAAAGUUAUUGUAUGAGUCAGAAGGUAGAAAAACCAGUAUUAUCGGGUCAACGGAUCAAGACCAGAAAAAGAGAUGAGAAAGAGAAGUAUGACCCAAAUGGGUUCCGCGACGCGCUCGUGCAAGGGCUCGAACGCGCCGGGGGCGACCUGGACGCGGCCUACAAAUAUCUAGACUCGGCUGGUUCUAAACUCGACUACCGCCGCUAUGGGGAGGUCAUCUUCGAUGUCCUCAUUGCCGGAGGAUUACUGCUUCCCGGUGGGUCGGUGUCGAUGGACGGCGAAACCCCCAAGACCAGCUGCUGCAUCUUCGCCGCCAACGAAGACAUGGAAACCAUGCGCAACUUUGAACAGGUGUUUCUGAAGCUGAUGCGUCGGUACAAGUACCUGGAGAAGAUGUUCGAGGAGGAAAUGAAGAAGGUGCUGGUCUACCUGAAGGGAUUCGAGCCAGCUCAACGCAUCAAACUGGCUCGCAUGACUGCCCUGUGGCUAGGGAACGGGUGCGUGCCGCCUUCGGUGCUGCUGGUGCUGGUGAACGAGCACCUGCUUAAGGACAACCUGGCCCUCGAUUUCGUGCUAGAGGUGUUCGCCACGCUGAAGGCCGAGCGCGGUGUCACUUCCUUGGUCACCGCGCUCAAGAAGGGACAAUUGGAGGGCAGGCUGCUGGAGUUCCUGCCGCUGAACCGUCGCAGCGAAGAGGUGCUGGCUGCGUCGUUCGCGUCUCGCGGGUUGGCCGAACUGCUGCGACUUCACCGCGCGCAGGCGCUGCAAGAAGCGCGACGUGAGCUCACGCAGGCGCUGCUGGACGAGCUGGCCGACGAGAAACCCGUGCGCGACAUCAUCCACGAACUGCGCGAAAUGGCGCAUAAGCAUUCCAUCCCCGACCACGAGGUGGUGGCUAUCAUCUGGCAGUGCGUGAUGUCCCGUGGCGAAUGGAACAAGAAAGAAGAGCUAUUGGCCGAACAAGCAGCCAAACACCUACGUCACUACACGCCACUGCUGGCCGCUUUCGCACAGACCGAUAAAGCAGAGCUCGCGUUGUUGGCUAAAGUGCAGGAGUACUGCUAUGAGAACAUGAGCUUCAUGCGCGCGUUCAGUAAGCUGAUUUUGAUGCUGUACAAGACGAACGUCCUCUCUGAGGAGGUUAUUCUAAAGUGGUACCGCGAGCCCAAUUCUAGCAAGGGCAAGAUGAUGUUCCUCGACCAAAUGAAGAAGUUUGUCGAGUGGCUACAGUCUGCCGAAGAGGAGUCCGCGAGUGGCGAGGACGAAGAUUAGAUUAAGAGCAGCGAGUGAGACUGACAAGAUAGAAGCGCCGUCCGACCAGCCAGAGCCCGGCCCGCAACGCCACGGGCGGCGCCCACAGCUCCGCGGGUCGCUCAUAUAAUACCCUUCUAUAAGUGUACUGUACUGUUUUAAAUACAUAAUAAUGUAAUGUACUGUAAAGUUAUAAAUUAAAAAAAUAAUAAUCUUAAUAAUUGGAGUGCACCGAGCGACACUGUCAGGGAGUGUUUUUUUGAAACUGUAUAUCGAUUAUUCGUUUCUAUUUUGAACAUGUAUCGACAUGUAUGACUACAAUAUUUUUUAUUCAAUUUUUUUAGUAAAUUUCAAUAAACGGUGGCAACACGC